GCUUCUGGCAGAUUAAAAUUUCAAACAGUAAUUUUGUUAGUAUUCUGUUGGCACCCCUUGCAAAUUUCCUUCUUUACCAAUACAAUCAUGGCUCCUACGGUGGAGAAAGCUGCAGAGAAAAAGGAGAAGACUGGGGGGCGCAAAGUGAAGGGGCUUCCCGUCGUGCCCGAAUCGGUGUUGAAGCACCGAAAGAAGCGGGUGCAGAAUAAGGUAGCGCGCCUGAAGUCGGCGUUGAGCAAACGCUCGAAGAUCCUCAAGAAGACAAAGCGGAUCUUCAAGCGAGCGGAGUCCUACGUCAAGGAAUACAGGCUGAAGGAACGCGACGAAGUUAGGCUGAGACGUGAGGCCAAGCUACGCGGAAAUUACUACGUCCCCGGUGACGCUAAGUUAGCGUUCGUUAUUCGUAUCAGGGGUAUCAACAAAGUCGCACCGAAAGUACGCAAAGUUCUACAGUUGUUCCGUUUGUUGCAAAUCAACAACGGCGUCUUCAUCAAGCUGAACAAGGCGACGAUUAACAUGAUGCGUAUCUGCGAACCGUACAUUACGUGGGGCUAUCCCAAUUUGAAAUCGGUUAGGGAGUUAAUCUACAAACGCGGCUACGCCAAGAUACAAGGAAGACGCAUACCGAUCACGAGUAAUAAAAUUAUCGAGGAGAGAUUGGGAAGGUGUAAUAUUAUUUGUAUGGAAGAUUUAAUACACGAGAUUUUCACUGUUGGACCUAAGUUUAAGUAUGCGUCGUCGUUCUUGUGGCCAUUUAAGCUCAACACACCGACCGGCGGAUGGCGUAAGAAGACAAACCAUUACGUUGAAGGGGGAGAUUUUGGUAACAGAGAAGAUAAAAUUAAUGAACUUUUAAGACGUAUGGUUUAAUAAGUUGAUUUUUAUUCUUUUUACCAAUAAACUAUUAUUACUACGUGGA